UCAGACACACAUGUGCGAGAAGAAUACCUGAUACCUGAAGAGAAGCAAAGCAGAAGCAAAUCGAAACCCAAUUAAAUAUUUAAACUUUAUGAUAUAUCAGUGUUUUUUUUGCUGUGUUCGAGUGCGGUAGAGUGCAAUUCCCUGAACGCGAAACAAUAAAUCAAUUCAAGUGAGACAAAGUGCAAAGGACAGGCCCAGGCCCAAGUGAGAACGAGAACGUGAACGUUUAAGCAAACCCAAACACCGAAAGACACUUUGCCAAAAGAGCGGGAAGCGAAGAGAAGAACCGAAGAGAGUCUGCGAGAUCGGAGAAAACGGGAAAGAAAGUUUAUAGGCAGCAACAUGACUACCAAAAUGGCAAUAAACGCAAAGGACAUCUUCCGCAACCAGCAUCGAAUGAUCAAGUUCAUCGCCCAGUCCAUUCGCCUGUGCAGCAACCAGUCGCUGAAGGCAGCCCAGGCGGCCCAGCAGCUGCAAAAGUCCUCGGUGGACUUUGAGAUCACCGCCUCGGUGAACACACAGUACACACAUGCCCCGGAGCCCGUCAAGCACGACAAGGAUCUGGGCCAUCUAUUCAAGGCCUCACAGUUGACGGUGCGCCUGGCCACGCCCCAACAGCUACAGCCGAAGCCGGACAACGACGAGGAGCUUGGCUUUGGCCGCCUCUUCACCGACCACAUGCUGAAGAUCUACUACCACAAGAGCCUAGGCGGCUGGCAAAAGCCAGAGAUCACGCCGCUGGAGAACCUGGUCAUGCAUCCCGCUGCCAAGGUCCUGCACUACGCCGUAGAGCUCUUCGAGGGCAUGAAGGCGUACCGGGGGGUCGAUGGAAAGAUCCGCAUCUUCCGUCCGGACAUGAACAUGGCCCGCAUGAACCUGGCCGCCCAGCGCUCCGGCCUUCCCACCUUCGAAGGUAAGGAGUUCGUUCAGUGCCUGUCCCGCCUGCUAACCAUCGACUCUGAGUGGGUGCCGCACACGGACACCGCCAGCCUGUACAUCCGCCCUACCCUCAUUGGCAUCGAUCCCACGUUGGGUGUGGCGUCCUCAGACUCGGCCCUGCUCUACGCCAUUCUCAGUCCGGUGGGCAGCUACUUUAAGACUGGCUCCUCGGGUGCCGUCUCCCUGCUGGCCGAUCCCGCCUAUACACGCGCCUGGCCCGGCGGCGUCGGUAAUCGCAAGAUGGGCUCCAACUAUGCUCCCACCAUCAAUGUGCAGAAGGAGGCGGCUGCACGGGGCCUCCAGCAGGUGCUCUGGCUGUACGGUGAAGAUCACCAGCUGACGGAGGUGGGCACCAUGAACAUCUUCAUGUUCUACGUGAACGAUCAAGGAGAACAAGAACUGAUAACGCCGCCACUGAGUGGCCUGAUCCUGCCGGGCAUUACACGCGACUCCAUCCUGAACAUGACCCGCCAGUGGGGCAAGUUUAAGGUGCGCGAAGCCAAUAUCACCAUGCCCAUGGUCUGUGAGCUGCUCAACCAAGGAAGGUUGCUGGAGCUGUUCGGUGCGGGCACUGCGUGCGUUGUUAGUCCCGUCAAUCGAAUCAACUACCUUGGCCAGGACCUCUAUGUCCCCACCAUGGAGCAGGAGAAGCCUGUCCACGAGCUGAUCCGCGAGACGCUAACCGACAUCCAGUACGGCAGGGUGGAUCAUCCCUGGUCGAUGGUGAUUGACUAAGCACUUUAGCUGUCCUUUGAUCCUUUCCCCCUAUCCUUAUCCCCUUCCCCUAUACUGUGUAUUAGUAGGAUUUAGUUGAAGAUAGUGUGCGUGUGUUCUGUGGGUGCUCGAAUUUUGUUUCGUUUGUUGCGCUGCGUGCAUUUAUCCGCCUAUUGUAUACUAUAAAUAGAUCCCUAUAGAUAAGUUGAGGGUCGCUAUAUAGAUGUCUAUAUGUCAUUCGAUUAAGUUGCAUUUAGUUGUAUAUUUAUUUAUUUAUAUUAUGGAAUAGAUUUCCAUUUAAUUUGUUUAUUGUACAUAUUCCAACCGGUUGAAUGGUAUUUAUAGAACCUUUUUUUUCACUCUGUUCUCUAAUCUCUUGUUAUGUGAGUGAGUGCUUUUUGUUUUAUAAUUUUUGCUUGUUUUUUGAGGCUUUGGAUCAACUUUUUGCGCUUUUACUUCCAAGCAGCAUCGAAAUCAAUUCAAAUUUUACCAACUAAAAAAAAACUAAAACUAAAAAAAAAAACCAAAACAAAACCGAAACCAAAACUUUGGAACAAGUUGAAAACGUACCGGAGGCGAAAUGCAUUUAUUAGUCUGUAAGCUGUCAAGGAUCGUGGAUCGCGAAUAGGAACUGAUUGCUAAGACAAGUCUUCUUGGAGGUAAAAGCAGCGCGAGAGGAGCUGUGGCUAAAGCUAACCCGUCUACCUAUACCUAAGCCCCCAACCCAACUCUGCAAGGAGACCUUCUAAGGACCCUCUUAUAAUAGGACACAACCAUAUCUGAAUCGAGAUGUAUACUAGUAUACUAUGAUGUAGUUGUUAAGCGAAUCAAUCGAUGAAUAAACAAGAAAAACUGAACAAAGCCAAACCGAAA